GCUCUGCUUUGUGCCACCUCGCUUUAAAAACGCUGGAUACGCCCCUGCACAGGCAUGUUGCAGCGUCAUGUUUAACCCCCCCGCUGCUGUGAAUGGACCAGUCCAGAGAGAGAGAGUGGUAGAGAGACAUAGAGGGGUAGUGGGCAGAGAUAGUGAGAGGCACAGUGCCGCUAUCACCCAGAGCAGGUGGUGACGAGCUGCUGGAUGUUUCUGAGCAGCAGCGCUGACGCUCGCAGGAGACGCUGAGCUGAUGGAUUCGUGGUCCUGAGAAGGAAAUCGGCAGAAAUCGAACAUGUGCUGAAGAGACCCGAAGACGAACAGACAUGAUCCCUUUAUCUCCCUGAGGAACUGACCAAUCAGUAGUCAGGAUGAUGCCCAAGCAGCAGCUGGCGCAGACGUCCCCGGGGAGUGUGUUGUCGCUCAGAGGCACCAGCGUCCCAGGAUCCCCUGCUGCUGCCAUCGUGGCCAGAGUGGAGGACGGGGUUAUCGGCUAUAAGGACUUGGCAGCCUUACCGAGAGACAAAGCCAUCCUGGACAUCGAGAGACCCGAUCUGAUGAUCUACCAGCCGCACUACAGCUACAGUCCUCUGGAGAGGUCCUUGUCUCCUCGCUCCAUCUCUCCUCCUCCCUCCCCAGAGAAUCUGUCCAAGGAGACAAGGGAGUGGGUCGAGAGCCGAUCACCUGGAGGGUCCUCGCCUGGUUCCACCAUCCCGAGCACCAGAACCCACAGCACACACACCCCAUCAACGCCAAACACACCAACCACACCCAACACGCACUCGUCUGGUACCGUGAAGAGCACCGUGCAGCAUUUCCACAGGCCAGAAAAUGGUACCAACAUCUACAAGAAGCCUCCCAUCUACAAACAGGAUGUGUCGUCCUCUUCGGUCCCUCAGGGGAAACACAUCGAGGAUUUGAUCAUCGAGUCUUCAAAGUUUCCUGCAGCUCAGCCUCCAGACCCGAACCAGCCCUCCAAGAUCGAGACCGACUACUGGCCCUGCCCCCCCUCGCUGGCCGUGAUUGCAGAAAAGGAAUGGAAGAGGAAGGAGCAGAAAGUCGAGGAGGAGGAGGAGGAGGAUGGAGAGCUGGAUGAUGAGCUGUGGGGACUCAGAAAGCUUCAGAAGCAAGAGCUGAACAAGAUUGAGUCCAAUCUGGGCAAAAUUAUCCUGAAGGAGGAGCUGGAGAAGUCUGCAGCGCCUCUGAGGAGGAAAACACGCUCUUUACCGGAGCGCAGCCACAACGCCGGGUCCAACGCCUCCAGGUCCGUGUAUUUCCCAGCGUCCUCUAAGAGCGGCCUGUCCAGGCUGCGCUCGGCCGAGUUCAGCUCCUCGGAGAAACCCGCUGCAGGGCUUCAGAACGAGGACUCGAGGAUGGACAGAGGGAACUCUCUCCCCAGCAUGCUGGAGCACAAGGUUUAUCCCUACGAGGUGCUGGUGGUGACUCACAGAGGACGCGGCAAACUGCCCCCCGGUGUGGAUCGGACACGGCUGGAGAGGCACCUCUCUCAGGAGGAGUUCUUCAGCGUUUUCGGGAUGUCCGUCGAGGAGUUCGAUCGCCUCUCCCUCUGGAAGAGGAACGACCUGAAAAAAAAGGUCUGUCUCUUCUGAAGCUGCUCGCCCCACAGUCCCUCGCUUCCAGCCGGUGGGACAUCGAACCAAAUGGACUCAUCAUCGUCAUCAUCAGCCGACACCCUCACUUCAGUUUGUAGACACCUCAGGAGGCUUCAGGUUUGCAGAGAAACACGAGUGCUGCACAUAUUAACGUCACCGGUUAUCUGCAGAACGUUAGCAAUGAAGGACGGAGCGAGCACAAAUAAUACAUCACAGAACAAGGACGAGUCUGCGGUCUGUGGCGGUUUGUGACGGGUCGGCGCUCUCACAAGACCCUCUGAACCUCUGCAUCCCAGCCACAGUCGGACAUCCGGCCAACAUUCCUGCUGACUCCGAGUCAGCUCCCGGACUGACAAACAAAACCUGUUGCAAUCUUUAUACGAAGAAUUAAUCCUACUGGCUUAGCCAGCUAUGAUGUCAUAGUGACAGCACUUCUUUCCAGCAUCAAAGAGAAAAACAAGCAGACGGUUUGAUCGCAGUCACUCGACUUCAGUCACGACAGACUGAACGUCUCUCUUAAACCUGCAGCCGGCGGACAAACUAACCCAGCGUGGUUUAGUUGAUGAUGUCAGCAUGUCGUUUAAUCACAACAAAAUAUAAAAACCGUCUUUAGACAUUUUAUUUGACCUUAAAAAACAAAAAGUGGAAGACAUUAAAUAAUAAUAUAAAAGCUCAGCUUGAACUGAGUUCAUAAAGAAACAUUGUGACUGAUUUUUCUGCCCAUCAUAUGAGAACAUGAGGCUAAAAAGUACUAAAAAGCUGCUAAUUAAAGACCGUAAGCUGACUAAAAGGAACAAAUCAUUUCUGCCUCAAGUGGCGAUUACAGGAACUGCAGUUUUCUGUCAACCAAGGAGGCCACGCCCCUAAUAAUACAAACUUUGAGACUUUAAUAAGUUUCUUAAAGUAAUAGACACGCCCAACCCGACCCCCAGUACAGCUGACAGUCGCCUCACAGCUGGGGAGCUCUUACUGACGGAGUUUGAGGACAGACUAUCCAAUCAGGAGCCCCCUUUAAGCUCAAAGGGCGGUCCCUUUCCUCUUCUCCUCUCGUUGGCUCCGGUUGCUUCAAAGCUCGUUCAUCAUGCGUUGAUCCACAGCCUCCGCUGGCUGCGAUGAAACCGUCUCCUCCCAGUUUUUUUCUUUCUAGUUCAGCAGAAGCCACUGCCACACACACACACACACACACACACACACGUUUUCAUAUCUUAGUGACGACAUCUAAUUGACAUAAUGCUAACCAUCAGAAAUGAAUGCCUAACCCUAAACUGUGACCCUGACACUAACACCACCUUUAAACUCGGGGACGGGCACUUUGUCCCCAUAAAGGCUGUUGGUCUCCACAAGUAUAGUAACAUGCUGGUUUUCUGUCCUCACAAAGAUAUCUAAACAGGUACACACACACACACACACACACAUACACUUCUGAGAGAUGUUUGCAGCGCAGGCUGAGCUCUGACGGCUCUGCUUCCUCCAAUCAGCGUCUGCGAGUGUUGCUUAGUGACCAAAUGAUGUGCAGCUAUUUUUUAACCUACAUAAAGAAAGUGGCAUGUUUGUUAUUAAUGGAGUCUAACUAAAAAUGAAAUAAUAGAUCCUGAAUGUUGACGAGAACACGGCGGGCGAGUUCAGCUCUUCCGUACGUGUGACGUCAUCACUCUUUGUUAAAUAUAUGUAAUGAAACAUCCACCAGCUGCACUGAAUAUCAGCAUGUUUCACAGCUGUAGGUGGUUAAACCCUCGCGGGCUGGACUCAGGACCGGAUUUAAAGGUGUCAUUUUUAAUGUGUUGGUAAAUCAAGGCCAGCAGGUCAGAACCAGAGAGGUGAUUUCCUCCCUCCACGAGGUGCAAUCACAAAGUUCUGCAACAAAUAAAAAUCAAACAUGUUUCUGGAUUCGUACGGUGACCUCUCAUGUCCUCUGUUCUUCGUUGAACCUUCACUAACUAACCCGACUUUCAUGUGGAGGCGAUGACUC